CAGCGGGCUGGCCCCAGGUUUCAGCCGGGGCCUCCAGUCCAUGGUGGCGGCUUGCCUUCGGUCAUUUUGGAUCCUUGUGCACCAGAGGCCGCACCUGGCCGGCUCGGUUCCGGUGCAUGAGACCCGGCAGGGCGAGAGAGAUUGGGGUUUUAGGUUCGCAAGUGGUGUUCGCAGUCCCCUUUAGAAGUGUUCCCAGUCGGGUUCCGGCAGGCACUGCGUGAAGCGGGUCUAGGAACAGCGAGCUAGCGGCCCAGGAAGAGGAAGGAACACAGGUGGCAGCACUGGGGCCUGGGACGUUGAGAGAGCCUCGGAAGUGGGGGCUAGGCAGGUGGCCUGGGCACUUGGGAAGAGAAAUCCCUGAACUGGAAGCCCAUGGCCAGGUAGUGAGAAAGCAGAGGACCUUACAUGGGGAGAAGGGGGCCUGGCCACGCAGGAAGGGAGGAGAGGGUCCUUGAACCCGGGGAGCUCUGGCACCCAGCAGAGGUGACUGGCGACUGGCAAAACAGAAAUGGAGCAAGAACCACAAAAUGGAGAACCUUCUGAAAUUAAGAUCAUCAAGGAAGCAUACACAAAGGCCUUUUUAUUUGUUAAUAAAGGACUAAAUACAGAUGAAUUAGGUCAGAAGGAAGAAGCAAAGAACUACUAUAAGCAAGGAAUAGGACACCUGCUCAGGGGAAUCAGCAUUUCAUCCACAGAGCCUGAACACACUGGUCCUGGUUGGGAAUCUGCUAGACAGAUGCAACAGAAAAUGAAAGAAACACUACAGAAUGUACGUACCAGAUUGGAAAUUCUGGAGAAGGGUCUUGCCACUUCUCUACGGAAUGAUCUCCAGGAGGUGCCCAAGUUAUAUCCAGAAUUUCCGCCUAAAGACAUACCUGAAAAGUCACCAGAGCCUCACUCCUUUAGUUCACUUUCUCAGCACACUGAAGUAAAUGGAAGCACUUCAACAAGUCCAGGGUUGGUUUCUCCGUCUAGUUCUUUAUCCUUACCAUCUCAGAGUCAUCCAGCAGAAGCACCUCCUGCUUAUACUCCUCAGGCUGCUGAGGGUCAUUAUACUGUAUCCUAUGGGACAGAAUCUGGGGAAUUUUCAUCAGUUGGAGAAGACUUUUAUAGGAAUCAUUCUCAACCACCUCCUCUUGAGACCUUAGGGCUAGAUGCAGAUGAGUUGAUUUUGAUACCAAAUGGAGUACAGAUUUUUUUUGUAAAUCCUGCAGGGGAGGUUAGUGCACCUUCGUAUCCAGGGUAUCUUCGAAUUGUGAGGUUCUUGGAUAAUUCUCUUGAUACAGUUCUAAACCGUCCUCCUGGGUUUCUUCAGGUUUGUGACUGGUUGUAUCCUCUAGUUCCUGAUAGAUCUCCAGUUCUUAAAUGUACUGUGGGAGCCUACAUGUUUCCUGAUACCAUGUUACAAGCGUCGGGAUGCUUUGUGGGGGUUGUCUUGUCUUCUGAAUUACCAGAAGAUGAUAGAGAACUCUUCGAGGAUUUAUUAAGACAGAUGUCUGACCUUCGGCUUCAGGCCAACUGGAACCGGGCAGAAGGAGAAAAUGAAUUCCAAAUCCCUGGAAGAGCAAGAUGUUCCUCUGACCAGUUGAAAGAAGCCAGUGGCACUGAUGUGAGACAGUUGGGUCCUUCAUUGGACCAAGACAAUAAGGACGUGCGUCAUAAAGGAAAACGGGGGAAAAAAACCAAAGAUACUCCAAGUGAAGAAGUUAAUCUGAGUCACAUUGUACCCUAUGAGCCAGGUUCAGAAGACAAAGCAAAGGAAUUACCCGAAUGGAGUGAGAAAGUGGCUCAAAAUAUUUUGUCAGGUGCUUCCUGGGUGAGCUGGGGUUUGGUCAAAGGUGCUGAAUUUACUGGAAAAGCAAUCCAGAAAGGCGCUUCUAAACUCCGUGAACGGAUUCAACCAGAAGAAAAACCAGUGGAAGUUAGUCCAGCUGUGACCAGGGGACUUUAUAUAGCAAAGCAGGCUACAGGAGGAGCAGCAAAAGUCAGUCAGUUCCUGGUUGAUGGAGUUUGCACUGUAGCAAAUUGUGUUGGAAAGGAACUAGCUCCACACGUCAAGAAGCAUGGAAGCAAACUUGUUCCAGAAUCUCUUAAAAAAGACAGAAAUGGGAAGUCUCCUCUGGAUGGUGCUAUGGUCGUAGCAGCAAGUAGUGUUCAAGGAUUUUCAACUGUCUGGCAGGGAUUGGAAUGUGCAGCUAAAUGUAUUGUUAACAAUGUUUCAGCAGAAACUGUACAAACUGUCAGAUACAAAUACGGACAUACUGCAGGAGAAGCUACACAUGAUGCAGUAGAUUCUGCCAUCAAUGUUGGUGUAACUGCCUAUAAUAUUGACAACAUUGGUAUCAAAGCAAUGGUGAAGAAAACAGCAAAACAAACAGGACAAACCCUCCUUGAAGACUAUAAAAUAGUUGAUAAUUCUAAGGGGGGACAUCAAGAAGGAAGAGCAAAUGUAAACAUGAAAAGGGAGAAAGGUGAGCAGACAGAGGAAGGAGAGAAGAAUGAGGCAAAGAAGAAAGAAAAAUGAUGGAAGUGCUGUGAAUCACCUAUACCAAAGCCUUACAAGGUGGAUGCAUUUUUUUUUAAUAGGCAAAUGUGGAAUUCCCCACAGAUUAACCAGUAUUUUAAAAAUGUAUUCAUUCCUACAAAGUGACUGUUUCAUAAGCUUUAUAGCAUGUAUUCUACUUAAAAGGAAAGAAUCUGUAUUCUUGCAUCUGGCUUUUACAAAUACAGGAUUAUAUAGUCUCAGUAAGUUUAUUUUUCCUAAAUGUGGCUGAAAUAUUUUUGCAGUUAAAAUAAGACUAAUAAAACAUUUGCUUUAAUAAACCUCAUUAAACCUAAUGUUAAGCUAUUUUUGUAUUUGCCGUCUUUCAUAAAGCAAGGUAGGAAAUUAUAUAUUUACAUAAAAUUUCUCAUUUAGUAACCUUAGCUUGAGUUGUACUUGAAAAGACCAACUUAAAAUAUUAUCUCCUGGUUUUGCACUAAUUGUGGAUUUUUUUUUUUUAGGUGCUUGCCAAAAUUUUCAGUGUGUAAGCUAGACACAACAACUGUAAUCCUAAACUAAAAAAACUCUCAGAUAAUAUUUAAAAGAUUUUUUCAAUACAGGGACUAGGCUAAUCAUGAAAAAUAAAAUGAGGUUCUAUAAAAUUAUUUGGUAGCUUGUAUCUUUGUUAGGAAGUGGGAUGGCCUUUUUGAUUUAGAAUGAAUACAAAGAUCUUUAAGUCUUCUGGAUUUAGACUGGUGUUGAUCUACUAGGAACUUAGGAAAUUUUGGUGUAUGAUUUGUGUUAAAAUAUGAAGUGAUAUCAUGAGCUUAAUAGGACAAAGUUGCUUUAAGAAAUCAUUUUACCAUAUCCACUUUAAGUUAUUCCAAGAGGCUAAAAUUUUAUAAAAAUACAAGCAGGAUUCUUUGGAUGGUAAAUAUAUUUUUAGUUUGGGAUUUAGUCAUUGGAAUUUUAUAUGUUAGAAAGCCAAUAAAUUGUUAGAAAAUGUUCUGUUCAUAGUCAUGGUAAAGAAUGUGAAGGCUUUAGACUUAAUCCAUGGCAAGUAGGUUUAACAGUUUCCACUCUGGCAGAAGACAGGACACUUACAGACCUAUAAGGUACAAAUAUAUAAAUAAGUACCUAACGGCAUUUUAUUUUUGUCUACAGAUUUAAAAUGAUUGGUACUGGUGUUCAUAACUAUUGUCCAUUCUAAUAUUUCUAAACGUCUAAUGGCUACUUAGUUUAUUAGGUUUUAUUUGAAACUGUCUUAAAAAAUGUGCUUUGUGAAUAAACUUUCUGAAUUGCUUGUCCUCAAAUGUGUUCACAGGGUUGUAUUUCGGGAACACAUAGAAUUGAUGGAUCCUUUCCCUAAGGCCAAGGAUAAUGUACUAAUUAAAGUGGAAAUAAAAAUGAGUUGGCAUAUA